AUGACGAAAGCUGAGACGAGUGCGUUGAGCAGUGUCACUGACUCGAGCUUGAGGUUACCUUUGCACAGGUGGAAAGGACCAGGUGACCGUGCUAGUCAGUGCACAGGGAAAUGCAGGGACAGUCCCUGCAGUGAGGCCAUACUUCCCCUGCCUCUGCUCCUGGAUUUCCCGCCUCCUCCAGCGGCCCGGGAGAGUCGAGCAUCACUCCCCCUCGGGCUCCAGGUCGCUUCACCGCGUCCAACUCAGGCUCCGUCCUUAGAGGCUACCUCGCCCCGCCCCCUCUUGGCCGCCGUAAAAACGUGGCAGGGUGGAUCGCCCGGGGCAACCGAGUGGCGCUGCCCGGGCCGGACCGUGCACGCUGGGGCCGGGGUUACUGGGCCCGAGAGCGAAGUACAGGACGGCACGAAGCUGCAGCCCUGAGAGUGGGCGGGGCGAGGAUGCUUAGGAGGGUUCAAAAGGAGGUGGAGGGAUACGCGGGCCGCAGUCGGAACUACUUUCUGAAGGAGGUCACGUGUGUGCCUAGUUGGGGAACUUUCCAAAUUCCCACUCCUCUCUGAUAACUCCAGAGACAAGUGCUUUGCUGCUUUUGCUCGGGGAGCUCCCGGGUGCGGACAACGGGACCCCAGCCCCGUCCCGGUUCAGGCGAAACAAGGAGCUCAGACGAGCCUCCCGAAGGAGCGCUGUCGGGGGCGCUUGGGGAGCUGGUUACACAAGCACCCACAUCCAAGCACGUGCCCCCGCCUCCCCGCUCCGCUGCCGAUUCUUACAGAACGCGGGAGAGUCCCCGGGCUGGUCCCACUCCUCGCAUGCCACCCACAGAGCAAGCCAAAGGCCGAGACCUGA